GCUGGACGGAGGAGUGAGAGAGAGAGAGGGAGAGAGAGUGUGAGUGAGUGCGGAGCACGAGCGAGGAGCAACUUCGGGACUCGAACUGAUAACUGAUGAACGGGCUCCAAACCGAGUGCCGCGCAGCGCGUUCACGCUCGACCGGAAGAGGACGUAUCCGCCCGUGAAACGAUGACUUUCUGAGCGCUUCGUCCUCCGCCUGGCGCUCGUGCCCGCGCAGCUCCCAGAAGACCUCGAUGAGCGAGCGCGCUGCCUGUCGCACGGCGUCUCGCGCAGCCAGUAUCUCGACUCGCGCAGCACCUCGCGCCGCGUCCCAGCGCGAUAAGAGAAGCGCGAUCUUCUCGCCCGGGGCAACAUGAUGAUGAUGAUGAUGAUGAAGAAGUUGAGGAGGAUUUGUGUCCUUCUGCUGCUCGUGGCGGGAUCGGCGCACGGGGGUGCGAAGAACCAGGAGCCCUGUGCAGGAGUCGACUGCAGCCGGGGGUGCGUCUGUAACCCGGAGAAGGGCGCCGCGGGUCAGCCGGGGCCUCUGGGACCCCAGGGGGUGGAGGGACCCCAAGGGUUUGCGGGAAGUGCAGGACCCCAAGGGCCCAAGGGUGAAAAAGGCCAUAUGGGAAUCAGAGGUCCAUCUGGUCCCAAAGGAGACAAAGGUCCAAUGGGUGUGCCCGGUUUCCCAGGAGCGGAUGGCGUACCAGGCUACCCUGGACAGAGCGGAGGAAGAGGACCUAAAGGACCGGACGGGUGCAACGGCACCGCCGGCGACCCGGGUCCGAGGGCGCAGGACGGGUUCCCGGGCCGGCCGGGCCCGCCGGGUCCGAGGGGUCCGAAGGGUCAGAAAGGAGAAGCGGUCUAUGCGGGAAGUGGCCAAGGCGGGGAGCCUGGUUUACCAGGGCUGGACGGCCUCUUUGGUCCUCGUGGUCCAACUGGGCUUCCGGGUUUCGUUGGUCCCAGAGGUCCGGACGGCCUUGCUGGUCUCCCCGGUCCCCCCGGCCCUCCCGGCCCCACAGGAAGCCCUGGUUCUCGUUUCAAAGGAGAGAGUGGAGAGAAGGGGGACCCCGGUCAGCCAGGACCCCCGGGACUGCAAGGGCAACAGACGCUAGCAGGGGCGCCGGAAAGCACCAUCCUCAAAGGACCCAAGGGUGACCAGGGUUUCAAGGGGUUGCCAGGUUCCCCAGGAAUUCCAGGUUUACCGGGGCCUUACGGGUAUCCGGGGGAGCCGGGCGAGAAGGGGGUUAUUGGACUGCCGGGAGGGCGGGGCGCAUCCGGCUUUAUCGGACCCCCUGGGUCUCAGGGCAGACAGGGCUUCCCUGGGAGUCCAGGAUUCCCUGGGCAACCUGGAUUUCCAGGAUUUAAAGGGGAGCCUGGAGACCCCGGCCCCCCGGGGCCCAUCACCUAUUCGGAUGGCGGAAGAGCUAUACAAGGACCCCCUGGUGACCGAGGGAUCGGUGGCCUCCCUGGUGAACCAGGUGACGCGGGACUUCCAGGCAUUGCCGGCAAGCCAGGGUUCCCAGGAGGCCCAUCUUCUGUCCCAGGUCAACCGGGGCAGCAGGGAUUCCCAGGUGCCGCCGGACCCAAAGGAGAGAAAGGAAGCAAAGGUCGGCCGAGCACUGGGUUCCAGGGCCCCCCAGGAAAACGAGGGCCACCCGGCCCCUCGGGACUUCCGGGUCCACCGGGCCCUGUGGGACCCGUUCCAUCUGCAACAUAUGGACCACCUGGCCAGCCAGGCCCAAGGGGGCCACAGGGGUCACCUGGAUUCAGAGGACCUAAAGGAGAUCCAGGGGACUGUAAUUGCCUUGGGGGAGGGGGACUUGGACGGCAAGGGCCCCCUGGCCCUCCGGGACCCUUGGGUUCACCGGGACUCUUUGGGAGGAAAGGAGAGGCAGGGGAUCCUGGUGUGCUGGGAAUCCCUGGUCCUCCAGGGCCAAAAGGUGUCACCGGCCCACGGGGCUAUUUUGGCCGGAAGGGAGAGAAGGGCAAUUCCUUCAUUCCGCCGGGCCGUGGCGCGAAAGGUGAUCCGGGUGCUCCGGGACUCCGUGGGCUCCCAGGGGACGUGGGACGACCCGGUAGAGAUGGCCUCCGAGGGUUUCCUGGACAGCCGGGACCUCCUGGUGACAGUGCUUUUGGAGUGGUCGGCGACAGGGGUGUCCCAGGCGCUCCUGGGCCCAAGGGACGCCCGGGCAGUCCAGGUGAUCCCGGGAUCGGAUACCCGGGCCCGGCAGGAGUCCGCGGCUCGCCCGGCGAGCCGGGUAUCGACGGCCUUCCGGGGCAGCCCGGGUUCCCGGGUCCCCCAGGCGACUGUUGCUGUGCGCAGGCGGGGGGUAGUGUGCCCACUUUCACUCAGGGAGGAACGACCUUACCCUGUUACAUCACGGGUGAGGACAGUGAUCCGGGACCACCUGGGCGUUCUGGAAAGAAAGGUCAGAAAGGUCAGCCUGGUUUCCUCGGAACAGCAGGGCGACCCGGGUUUGACGGCUCCAAGGGCGAGCGUGGAGAUCAAGGCUUUGGCGGUCAGCCCGGACCACAAGGUUUCUCGGGCCCCCGAGGGGACCCAGGGCCCUCAGGGCUACCGGGCGAAGAGGGUCUUCUAGGUCCUCCAGGAAAGAAUGGGCUUCCGGGUUUCAGUGGGGAGAAGGGAAGGCCCGGUGAAGUUUAUGGAGCUUCUCCUGGGGCACCAGGUCUGCCCGGACGCCCCGGAGAAGCAGGUGGAAAGGGACAGCCUGGGACACCUGGACGGCCUGGAGAACCAGGUUUUGAUGCACCCUCAGGGCGUCCGGGGGCAAAGGGGAAACGCGGUGUGGAUGGGGUCCCUGGAAUCCCGGGCUUGCCUGGCCUACCUUGGGAUGGGGAAGAGAAAGGACUUCCUGGAAUUCAAGGAGCUCCUGGAAGCAAGGGUUUCCCAGGUCCACCAGGCUGUGCAGGGUUCGCCGGGCAAAAGGGCUUCUCUGGUGACGCUGGACCCCCCGGGCCAGCUGGAAUGAAGGGCCAGCCAGGGCUUUCGGGGUUCCCUGGUCAGCCUGGACUCAGGGGCCUCCCAGGAACCCCCGGUGCCCCAGGAAGGGAUGGCAACCCAGGAGUACCAGGAACAAAGGGUGAAAGGGGGAGGCCUGGACUCUUAGGAUUCCCAGGAGUUCCAGGGAAUCGAGGCAUACCUGGAAGAACCGGAAUCAAAGGGACCCCAGGAUUUCCCGGAAGAGAUGGGUCUCCAGGAAGCUUUGGCUUUCCAGGACUGAAAGGGGAGCGGGGAGACCGUGGUCCAUCGGGGCCACCAUCUCAACUCCCGUUACAUGAGCAGCUGGAGAAGGGAGACCGCGGGGACGCAGGGCCAAGUGGGCUGUCGGGCUUUCCUGGGCCCAGGGGUGAUAAAGGACUGCCAGGCCAGCCGGGACGCCGGGGCCAGCCAGGUGCGCCUGGUUUCCCCGGCCGGGAGAGAGGUGCGCCUGGUGCCCCUGGUUUUCCCGGGAUCCCGUCCACCCGGGGCAUCCCUGGGCCGAAAGGCUUUCCCGGGAUCAUGGGAUUCCCUGGUGUUCCAGGACUGAGGGGUGACGAUGGAUCUCCUGGAUCACGUGGAUUCCCAGGAGGACCAGGGUUGCCUGGUCAGAAAGGUGAAAGGGGAGAAUCAUACAGCGUACCAGGCGCACCCGGUAUUAAAGGUCUCCCUGGCGAACCCGGAUUCCCAGGUGGAAGAGGAAACGUCGGUCCGCCAGGAGAAGAUGGCUUUCCUGGAAACUCUGGCUUUAGUGGACAGAAGGGUCUGCAAGGAGAACCGGGUCGACCGGGACUGACGGGUACCCCAGGGUUCCCUGGCAGUAGGGGUUCCCCAGGUUUUCCGGGACAGAGGGGACUGGGAGGUGCACUUGGUUCUCCUGGAUCUCCAGGCACAUGGGGCCAGAAAGGUUUACCCGGAUCUCCAGGACUCAAUGGUCUGAAUGGCCUCGGAGGCCCUAAGGGACCACCAGGAACUCCAGGUCUGGUUGAGGUUGGUAGACCAGGGACCCCAGGUAUUCCUGGCCUGAAGGGGGAGAGAGGGUCCUCUGUGGCAGGUGUACCUGGAUUCCCUGGAGUUAAAGGCACCAAAGGAGAGCAAGGUGUUCCUGGGAUACCAGGAUUUCCUGGUAAUCCUGGUCCUAGAGGGCACACUGUUUUCUCCAACAUCCCUGGUUUUCCUGGAGACCCUGGCCUUCCUGGGUUGGAUGGAGAACAAGGGUUAUCUGGCCCCCCUGGUCCUCCGGGUCCUGCUGGCCCAGGCACCGCACAAGGAGACAGGGGAGAUUCAGGGUUCCCUGGGUACCUUGGGACACCAGGACCCCGUGGAGACUCAGGGCUACCAGGAAGCCCUGGACAGCCUGGUAGACUGGGCUUUAAAGGCGAAAGAGGGGACCCUGGGUUAAGUGGUAUACCAGGAAGGGUCGGCUUCCCUGGGGACCCUGGGUUCUUUGGCUUCAAGGGACAAAAGGGGAACAAAGGUCAAGCGGGACGCAAAGGUCUCCCUGGAGUCCCCGUUCCUAUCAAGAUCGUUCCAACACCACUAGGAGACCCAGGCAUUCCCGGUUUUCCUGGCAUAACUGGGGAGAUGGGGUCACACGGUCAACCUGGUCUACCUGGUCCAGCAGGCCCCACAGGCAGAACUGGUUCUAAGGGCAAGCUGGGACCUGAUGGUCCAGCUGGACCUCCGGGACCCAGGGGAGAUCCAGGCACCCCAGGCUUUCCUGGAGCAACAGGGCAGCAAGGUUUCCCCGGCAGACAGGGUCCCCCCGGCCCCCCCGGCAUCUCGGCCCGCAGCAGCAGUAUUGGAUACACACUGGUGAAGCACAGUCAGGCCAGCCAGGUUCCCCCCUGUCCUCAGGGUAUGGCCAAACUCUGGGAAGGCUACAGUCUGUUGUACGUCGAGGGCCAGGAGAAAGCCCACAACCAGGACCUGGGCCUUGCUGGCUCCUGCCUGCCCCUGUUCAGCACCAUGCCCUUCCUAUACUGCAACAUCGAUGAGCUGUGCUACUUUGCGAGCCGCAACGACAAAUCCUACUGGCUGUCCACGACGGCGCCCAUCCCCAUGAUGCCUGUGUCUGGGGACCAGAUCUCCCAGUACAUCAGCCGCUGCUCCGUGUGCGAGGCCCCCUCUCAGGCAGCGGCCUUCCACAGCCAGGACCUCAGCAUCCCUCCUUGUCCACAGGGCUGGAGGAGCCUCUGGAUUGGCUACUCCUUCCUCAUGCACACAGCAGCUGGGGCAGAGGGUGGAGGUCAGUCCCUGGUUUCCCCUGGUUCCUGCCUGGAGGACUUCCGUGCCACGCCCUUCAUCGAGUGCAGCGGCGCCCGCGGCACCUGCCACUACUUCGCCAACAAGUACAGCUUCUGGCUCACUACCAUCAGGCCCGAGAUGCAGUUCGUGGAGACCCCGUCCCAAGAGACGCUGAAGGCAGGGCAGCUGCGCUCACGCGUCAGCCGCUGCCAGGUCUGCAUGAAGGUCCUGUAGGCCUGUCCCAGCUACGGGGUCGGGGGCGCGGAGCUGUCAGGUCCACAAGGAGGUCCUGUAGGCAUGGCCGCGCCAAGGGGGAGGAGCCCAGGACCCCACAGACUGAUGACAGAUGCUGAGAGCAGGAUGAAGAACACUAACAAACGUCCAGUCGCCUGUAACUCCACAGAGCGAGACGGUGUGGGGACAGUCCUGCCAUCACCUUCACACCUCACAUCUCACAUGGGGGGGGGGGCUCUGUGGUCGUCCUAGCUUAGUUUUUACCGGUAACGGUCCUCCACGUUACUGUUUGUAUUCUGCCACAUUUUGUCCACUCGUACUCACGGCUACCUCGGACAGCACUGAACUGCUCCUCGGCCUUUCUGAGCUAAAUGGAACUAGAGUGUUUUGCGUAAUGGAAAGUGGUCAUUUUAAAAUGAACUGAACACAUUGUUGAUUUAUAGCUCUGAUCUUAUACAAUAGUCUGUUUAGAGGAAUAUUUGAUUUUCACAAUUGUUAAAUGUCUCGAUGUAGCUCGAUGUAGAGAACACAGUGUAAAGUUGUCAAGGAUUUGGCCAAUAUUGACCAGAUGGAUGUGAGAACAGUGAAGCCCGCAGCUGUAAACAUAUCCAACUACUCACACCAGUUAACAUUUUUUUGUGUAGAAGUACAGUUUUCUCUCUAAAUAGUGGCUUCAAGAUCCUUUACAAGUGCCUUGGAUCAAGGAAAGCUGCACGUUCACAACAGUGGGCAAUUCUGCACUUGAGCUCAAAAAAAGAUGUGUUGAUGGAGCUCUAUUGCCCAUCGCAGGACAGCAAUCGCCGUUGACGUUAAAUCACAACGGGAUCCUCGCGCAAUGCAGGUUCUCUUCAACAGCGCAUGGAAAAGAAAGAUUUUUUGCCUACGAAUUCUGGGAAUAGUUCCAACAGACAGGCUCAGCCCAGCUUCUCUUGCGUUGUAGGGAUGAGAACGUUCACCCAGCCAGGUACUCCAGAGAAUACGAAGCUGAUAUUUACUGAAGCGCCACAGCUUGUACCGUAGUGGAGACGAGGAACACUUCCUAUCAAGAUGUUUGGAAAAGGCCGAUGCCUCCUUUUGAAUCUUUAAUCUUUCUAGUGUCUCCGGUUGCGGGCCGGUAUGUGACCACUGUGAUGUCUUUCGCUCUUUGGUAGCCAAGAGCAUCUCCUUUUUUCCCCCUUCCCUUUUCUUUACCGCCAUUUACAAUACGGUCAAACGGCACGCAGCAAAAAAAGAACGUUUUCUGUACAUUUCACACAAUAAAUGAUUACAACUGG